GGGGGGCGAGGAAGGAGGGUUUUUUUUUUUUUUAGCUGCUGUUCCUGAAGCCAGUCACUCUCUUGCCUUGGAAGAAGCGAGGACAAUCUCUGCUUUCCUCUCUCAAGUUUUUUUUUUUAUUAUUAUUUUUUCUCCCUGGAUAUUGGAGGGCUCGGGGGUUCCGGAGAGGCUGCCACCUGCUCUGGGGGCACACACAUUACACGCACACUACACACACGCUACACAGAGGGUCUCACACACUUACACCGUGCCUAUGCGGGCUGCACCGUUCUCCGGACUCCACGCUGCGCCACAAACUUCCACAACUUUUCCUCAUCUUCUCCGCCGUUGUAUGGAUUGUGUCACUGGCAUAGGAAGACGCUCGGACCGUAUCCUGAGGUUUUAAAAAUAAGUCAUGAUGGUGGAAUCUGCAUCUGAAUCGAUUCGAUCUACUCCAACCAGUCAGAAUGGAGUAAGCAGUCUUCCCAACCAGUCCGAAGGAGGUGGAGCACGAGAGGCCAAUGCAAGUGGAGAAACGAAUGGAGAGUUAAGUACAGCGGAGCUUCUACACUUCCAGCAGCAACAGGCAUUGCAGGUGGCAAGGCAGUUUUUGUUACAGCAGGCAACAGGACUAAGUACACCAAGCAGCGCAGAAUGCAAGCAGCCUUCAGUUCAGGUCCCUGUUUCAAUGGCGAUGAUGUCUCCGCAGAUGUUAACCCAGCAACAGAUGCAACAGAUUUUGUCCCCUGCACAAAUUCAAGCAGUUCUGCAGCAGCAGCAAGCACUUAUGUUGCAGCAGCUUCAGGAAUAUUACAAGAAGCAACAAGAACAGCUACACCUCCAGUUACUCUCGCAGCAGUCAGGAAAACAUCAGGUCAAAGAGCCAACGCUGGGGAAUAAACAGUUGGCAUUCCAGCAACAGAUUCUUCAGAUGCAGCAACUUCAGCAGCAGCACUUGAUAAACUUACAAAGACAGAGUCUAGUUGGAUUACAGCCUAGCCAAGGGCAUGUAAAUAUACCUGGCCUCCCCCAAGCUGUUUCCCCAUCAGAUUUUCAACAGCUCCUGAAAGAGAUGAGUAAUAAUCAAGAGGAUUCUAGCAAACAGGACAACAUUGAACUGAGCUCUACAAUUUCUACCUCAUAUCCAUCUGCCAAGGUGUCACCUCCAAUAGUUCACAUGUCUUUACAAAAUGGGCAAAACACACGGCGAGACAGUUUACAUUUUGAGGUGCCUCCCAACUCGCACCUUCUUUACGGACAUGGUGAAUGUCGAUGGCCUGGCUGUGAAGCUUUGUGUGAUGACAUGGGACAGUUUAUAAAGUGUGAACUAUGCAGACAUCUGAAUACAGAACACGCAUUGGAUGACCGCAGCACAGCACAGUGUCGGGUGCAGAUGCAGGUGGUUCAGCAACUGGAAAUACAGCUGUCAAAAGAAAGUGAACGGCUUCAAGCCAUGAUGACACAUUUACAUAUGAGACCGUCCGAACCAAAACCCUUCAGUCAACCACUUAACCUGGUUUCCAGUGCAUCCCUCAACAAAAUGUCCCCAGACAUGUACCCAGAUGGCUUGCCACAACCCCCAACAUCAGCAACAGCACCCAUCACUCCAGUGAGAGCUGGCACAUCUGUGAUUAGUUCUUCAAGCCUAUCUAGCAUUGGUCCUGUGCGGAGGAGGAUAGUGGACAAAUUCUGUACACCAAUUUCUUCAGGACUGUAUAUGUUAAGAACAUUUCAACUAUACAUGAGAACAGAGCUGGCGCAGAAUCACGAAUUUUAUAAAAAUGCUGAAGUCCGUCCGCCGUUUACAUAUGCCUCACUCAUACGACAGGCUAUUCUAGACACACCAGAUAGACAGCUGACUUUAAAUGAGAUCUACAAUUGGUUUACUCGCAUGUUUGCCUACUUCCGGAGAAACACAGCCACAUGGAAAAAUGCUGUUCGUCACAACCUGAGCUUGCAUAAAUGCUUUGUGCGUGUGGAAAACGUGAAAGGAGCAGUAUGGACAGUGGAUGAGCUGGAAUACCAAAAGAGGAGGCCGCCAAAGAUGACAGGAAGUCCAACACUUGUGAAAAACAUGAUUUCCGGUCUGGGCUAUGGAGGGUUAAAUGCCAGUUAUCAGGCUGCACUCGCUGAGAGUAGUUUUCCUCUGAUGAAUAGCCCUCCAACUCUCAACAGCUCUGGCAGUGGAUUUCAUGGUGGACAUGACGAUGUCACCAGCACUGGAGAGCCUGGGAACAGUAAUGGAAGCAGCCCACGCCUGUCUCCGCAAUACAGUCAAUCUGUUCAUGUCAAAGAAGAGCCAGCUGAAGAGGAAGUGAGACCUGCCUCCCUCUCAGUCUCCAACCAGAACACAGUGCUGCCAGAGGACCAUGACUUGGAACCAGAGACAGUUAUGGAAGACUUAUCCUAAUAGUUUCAGCACCCUGAAAUUACCUCCUCUGCCCCAAAGUCCAGCACUUCCACCAGAGACCAACAUGACCCUCUACCUUAAUUCUGUUCAGUUGUAACUGGCAAAGACUUUAAACUUGACUGCCUGCCAUCUUCUGGGUCUUCCUCCGUCUGGCAGCACUUCAAAUCAAAGACUUAUGGACUGCAGAGCAAACCCCGCCAUCCUUUUCUUCUCAACCAGAUACGGAAAGGGCACUGAUAUAUUUGUGACCAGAUUUUUUUGGGGGGGUGGAUCGGUAAAUUCCUUGAAUACCCCUUUACUUUAGGGGGGUUAUGAAGUCCUUCCAUAACUGAAUUUAAGAGAAGCCUGAACUUCUUUCUACAUCCCACAAUGCAAUGCAGUACUGGGUUUCUGAAGUACCCUUUACUAGCAAUUUUAUUUCUGGUUGUUUCUGAAGGUACCAAAAAAAGUAGACUUUGUUAUUUAUUUUUUCUGUGUGUUUUGGAUCAGUGUUACUGCUGGCAUUCCUCACACAAAUGUGAGUAUAUGGUACGUACACUCUGAAAUGGAUGCAUACAUUUCCAAAAUAAAGCACAUGCAUACAAUUCAAUGCAAACACUAGCUUUAGACAAAUGCACACAAUGAAGAACACUGUCGCUUGUUCCAUGGAGGGAAUAUGUGCAUCACAAAAUAGGACAAGCACUGCUUCAUAUGCCUGCAACAUUCAAACUUGUAUGCACUCGCCUGUUUCUAAAAAUACCACAUAGUUAUAUUUUGUAACAGUACAUCACUUUUACUAAGGUGUACAUAAAAGAGCAGUCGUUGCACCAGGUUUGCCCCGAUUCAACUAACCUUUAUUAAAACAAAAGUCCAAGAAAUAUUACUUUCAUUGAGGGUAUUGAUUUAUAAAUUACAUUAAUUUAAUCACAUUUUUAGAUUUCUCCAUUGGCUGUUUGCCCAAUCCUAUUGUCCUGCAGCUUACCCCACCAAGAUAUUACACAUUUUUCACAGCAAAACAGCGUUUGUGAGCAUAACUCUUAACUGUAAAGCAGUGACAAAAGCAAAAAGGGUAUAUCCAUAACAACCCAUAACAACAAUCAGAAUUUACUUUAGUAAAGUCAGACCAGUUGACUGUUUUUUAAGUGGUUGCUACAGGAGUUUGCAUAUCCACAUUGCUCUUUCUACAGCUUAAUGGAAUAUGUCCAUUAGUGUGUAUGAUGAGUACUGUAGGAUGACAGGACAGGCAUAAGAGUGGAUCUGAUUAAUAAAUUUCCCAAUAAAAUAGGCCAUUCAUAACUCACAUAAACAUAGCACUUAUGAACAGAAAUUUACAGCAUAUUUAAUUGCACGUAGCAUUACAUCACUGACAGAAGCACUCUCCGACAUUAAAAAAGAUUUUUUUUUUGUCUCUCAAGACAGAAAUUAUUGGAGGCACCAGGUACUCUAAAAUAAUAUGUAAUCCACGUACAGAGGUUAAUAUUUAAAUGCUUAAACAUUGUUAAGCAUAGCAUGUUUACCAGUCCUAUUUUUGCCACACAAAUUUACUUGAUCAUGGGGACAUACUAUCUAUAACUUAUAACACAUGUACAUCCUUCUCUCAGCCACUUUGUACACAAUUAUUCCACUGUUGUUAUCAACAUUAACACUGCCCUGACACACAGUUCCUGUACAAGUGAAGGGCUAAUAGGACCCUCCAUCCUGUGUGCUGCAUCCGCUUACCCAUCCCUGACCAAAGAUACUUAUUCAUGCCAAAUAAACCAAACCACCUCUUACUUUGGCUUUAUUUUCCUUAAACACUAAAGAAAAUACAAAGGAUGCCCCUAAACCAAAAGGUACUAGUGUACUUAAGGCAGUAAGUUUUACUGUCCCUACCCACUUUGCUGGAACCUGAUCACCUUGUAUCUCUUCAACUGUGAGACCUGGCAUCAGUGAGUCCGUAAUUACGACCAUGCACUUUGUGCAAAAGUCUGUUGACUGUGAAAAAUAAUCAGUGUGAUUUUUUUUUUUUUUGUGUGCGUGAACACAAAAUAUAAGUAUUCAUUAUGUACAAGUCAUAUACUAGUGUGAAUGGCGAGUGUUAGUGUAUUACAUGCUGAUUGCUGUGUGUGCAUUCACACUCCGUAAGUAUGAACUUACAUUAUUCUGUGAGAUUUUACGCUGUAGGUCAGGUGAAUAUUUUUUCACGUAAAUUAGAUACACAUUUCUUUAACCAGUGUACAUGGCAUUCCACGUGCACAACAGUAACUUGGAGUAUUUACACACUGCAGACCUUUUCUUGUGCCCUUUCCUCUAAAUCUGGCCUUGUCUUGUGUCGCUAUACUGCUGGUUGGUGGAAGAAGAAAAAGGCUAGAAGGGGUAGGACUUGUUACCUCAACAGCGCUGGGGUUCUCUGUCUAAAGAAUCCAGCACUUUUCCAGGAUCACGUGUGCGCCUGGUGCAGAUUCCUCGUGUAAAAUAGGUUUUAGGUGCAUGAAAAAAAUGUAUGGAUAUUGCCAUAUAAAAUGCAAUAAAUAUAAUUCUGUCAUAUGUGCUGCUA